GUGGUUAUGGUGUUGUUAGAACUUUCAACGAAUGAGUACAAUGAUUGUGAUUUGCUCCUAAUCAUUUCUCUUGAGGUUUCACUUUCGAUCUUCGGCAACAGAGAAGUUUCAUCUCUUCCAUGUCUCUCUCAGGUAGCGAUGAUGAGAUGGAAAUGGAUUUUCUUCGUGAUCGGUACCAGGAAAUGCACAGCGGAAACUCUGAAGUGUUUCUGAGUUUCAGAGGGGAAGAUACGCGUGCUUCUUUCACUUCACAUCUCUACACUGCUCUUCAGAAUGCAGGAAUCUUUGUUUUCAAGGAUGACGAGUCACUUCCACGGGGAAAGCAAAUUUCACCCUCUUUGCAGUUAGGGAUCGAAGAGUCUCAAAUUUCUAUUGUUGUUUUCUCAAAAAAUUAUGCAGAGUCGUUUUGGUGUUUAAAAGAGUUGGAGAAAAUAAUGGAGUGUCACAGAACCAUAGGGAAUGUGGUACUACCAGUGUUUUACGACGUUGACCCUUCUGAAGUACGUCAUCAAAGAGGCGACUUUGGGAAAGCAUUUCAACGUCUUUUGAGCAAGUUUUCGAAAGAGGAAGAGGAAAAGGUCUUGGAUUGGAAGCAGCGUUGGUGGAAGACUCUUCGUGAGAUUUGUGACAUCUCAGCUGUUGAAAUCCUAUCUCCCAGUAGGAUUGAAAGGGUAGACAAACUCGACAACCAGUGGGAAAAGAGACUUCUCGACAACCAGUGGGAAAAGAGACUUCUCGACAACCAGUGGGAAAAGAGACUUCUCGAGGUUGUUCAGAUCUCAAAGAUUUUAGACUUAAAUCCAAGGGGGAAAAUGAAGAUUGCUGAUAGUAUAGAGAUCCUCGUGAGGCAGUCGAUGGCUGGACUUUUUAAAGGUGCUGAAAUCCCAUUUAGAAAAGAGAAGGUUGAUGAUGCGAUGGACUUCCUCGUGAAGCAAUGGAGGGAGGUAUUUUGUGAGGCUUUUAGCAUCUCAGAGGUUGCAUUACUAGAUCCAUGCUGAUGGAGAAGUUGAAAAUUCUUAAUCUUAGCCAUUCUCAUUAUUUAACAAAGACACCGGACUUUUUGAAUUUGCCUAAUCUUGAAAAGCUUAUACUCAUGGAUUGUCCAAGG